GAAAUUUGGAGAGCGACCUCAACCGAAACGGCUUACCAGGGAAGCAAUGCGAAAUUACCUAAAGGAGCGAGGUGAUCAAACAGUACUAAUACUCCAUGCGAAAGUUGCGCAGAAAUCCUAUGGAAAUGAAAAAAGGUUCUUUUGUCCUCCUCCAUGUGUGUAUCUUAUGGGCAGUGGAUGGAAGAAAAAAAAAGAGCAAAUGGAACGGGAUGGUUGCACUGAGCAAGAGUCACAACCUUGCGCCUUCAUUGGAAUAGGAAACAGCGACCAAGAAAUGCAGCAGCUGAACUUGGAAGGAAAGAAUUAUUGCACUGCCAAAACAUUAUACAUAUCAGACUCAGACAAGAGAAAGCACUUCAUGUUAUCGGUAAAAAUGUUCUAUGGCAAUAGUGACGACAUUGGUGUGUUCCUCAGUAAACGGAUCAAAGUCAUCUCCAAACCUUCUAAAAAGAAACAGUCACUGAAAAAUGCAGACUUAUGUAUUGCGUCAGGGACAAAAGUGGCACUAUUUAAUAGACUUCGAUCCCAAACAGUUAGCACCAGAUAUUUGCACGUAGAAGGUGGUAAUUUCCAUGCCAGUUCACAACAGUGGGGAGCAUUUUACAUUCACCUCUUGGAUGAUGAUGAAUCGGAAGGAGAAGAAUUCACAGUGAGAGAUGGCUACAUUCAUUAUGGGCAGACUGUCAAACUUGUAUGCUCAGUUACUGGCAUGGCACUCCCAAGACUGAUAAUUCGAAAAGUAGAUAAACAAACAGCGUUAUUGGAUGCAGAUGAUCCAGUAUCGCAGCUCCAUAAAUGUGCAUUUUACCUUAAAGACACUGAGAGAAUGUAUUUGUGCCUUUCCCAGGAGAGAAUAAUCCAAUUUCAAGCCACUCCAUGCCCAAAAGAACCAAAUAAAGAAAUGAUUAAUGAUGGAGCUUCUUGGACAAUCAUUAGCACAGAUAAAGCAGAAUACACAUUUUAUGAGGGGAUGGGGCCAGUCCAUGCUCCAGUGACACCUGUGCCUGUUGUAGAAAGUCUUCAAUUGAAUGGUGGUGGGGAUGUAGCAAUGUUGGAACUUACAGGACAGAACUUCACUCCAAAUUUACGUGUCUGGUUUGGGGAUGUGGAAGCUGAAACCAUGUACAGAUGCGCAGAGAGCAUGCUAUGUGUUGUUCCAGACAUUUCUGCAUUUCGAGAGGGUUGGAGGUGGGUCCGUCAGCCAGUUCAGGUUCCAGUAACUUUGGUCCGUAAUGAUGGCAUAAUUUACUCCACCAGCCUUACUUUUACAUACACACCGGAACCAGGGCCACGACCACACUGCAGUGCUGCUGGAGCAAUCCUCAGAGCCAACUCAAGCCUCAUGGCUUCCAGUGAAACAAAUACAAACAGCGAGGGAAGUUACACAAACGUCAGCACAAAUCCAACCAAUGUCACAUCAUCUACAGCAACUGUAGUUUCCUAACUACUGUUGUUUGUCUGGACUUAACUGACUUUUAAGUGCUACAUUCAAGAGAACUGAACA